GGUCGACCGGAUGUUGGUGGAAAGCCGAGUUCACAAGCUGCCAGGGAUUUAGUAACACUGCUGAACGUGUUUACUGUGACGUCAGCUGGAGGAAGACGUCGACAAAAACACAAAAUAAUGAGUUUUAACGGAGAAUAAAGUUUAAGUCUGAGUCUGUGUUUUAAAAAAAACACGCCGCUUCGUGAGCGUGGCACCGAUACAAACCGUAACGUCGUUUGCGUCAUUGAACACAGCCCGUGUAACAGACCGGAAGCUCGGUGUUACAGAGGGGAGAUAUGCGGGAACGGAAGCCGAGAGGCGAAAAGCAGAAGAAAAAAUGUCGAGUGAAAAAAUGUUUUCAGUGCCAAUAAAACGACCGUAUGUGUGGUCGGUGAGUGACCAUGGCGAGGAAACCCUCCCUCAUGUUUAACGGACGGAAGCAACGACGGAAAUAACUAACGUAGUUUGGUUCACAAGUGACUGCUCAUGCGUUUAUGUAGACCCAGGUAACGCGAGCACGUCCAGCAUGUAACGCGCACCGAGACUGAUGAUUAAAGCUGCCGUCCAACAUUAACCAGCCAAGACGCCUUUGCGUUUUUUUUAUUUUGUUUUUAAUGAACGAUGUAUCCCACAAUCAGAGAAAUGGAUGCGGUUCACAGUGGGACUGGUGUCUUUUAUCAGGCAAUGCCUGCUGUUGGAGCUGACGGAAAGAACAUCAUGAAACUGAUUCCUGUACAAAUGGUCAACGGACAAUUUGUCCCAACUGAAACAAGCAAACCCAAAAAGGCUCCUACCCCACAGAAAGCUGUGACUAUAGAUAUUGCCUCAGCAGCUAUCCAGAUGGUCAAAGAGGCAACUUGGAACACUUGUGCCUCUCAGCUUCUCAGGAAGCAGGCUUCCCUCGUGAGUCAGGUAGAUCUGAAUGUUCGGAAUUCGGCAAACAAGCGCCCACUGCUGCAGCCAAGUGUAAAUUCAAUGACCAAAGUACCUCAGAUGGCAACACCUGCAACAAACUGCGUCAGUCAGCAAGUAACAUUUCCAAGUCAGCUCCCAGUGACGGUGAAAUCUCCAGCACUCCCCAGAGGACAGUACCUUCAGAUUCCACCUAAUGCACAAGUCCGAACAGUCCCAGCAUCUGAACUCCCUCCAGGUAUCAAGAAACAGAUUUUCACUUCAUCAGCCAGCUCCUCUUCGGGGUCAGGGGUACCCAGUGUGGUCUACGUGUCACCCAUCACGACCAUGGACCAAGGCUGUACUCCACCAAAUUGUCCUGCGCUUAACCUGCUCGAGCUCCUCUCCAAGAAAUCAGCCAGCACUUCAUGUGUACCCCCACCAAAACCACAACUCAAACUGAUCCCACAGGUCUCACAAAGACCCAACAGCCCCAUAAAGUGGAUUAUUGAAGAAGAGGAGAGCUCGGCGCCUCAGGCUCUUGAUGCUCUCAAUUCUUCCUUGGUCACGUCAGAGAUCCUUCGGGCUGUAGCAGUGAGGGAAAAGGCUCACAAACCCUGUGAUGCCAUGACAAAACCAGCCUCUCAGCUGAGUCAGAGCGAAAGUAGCCAAGGAGAGGAAAGCGCUUUGGUCAUGUGUAACGGGAAGGUGUUCUUUGUGGCCAAAAAGUCCAACCUGCCAAUUCCAGUGGGAAUAGACGACUCACCAACAGUAGCAACAAAAAACACAACUGUGCCUUCACCCGCCCUGACAGCUGACAUCCAGCAGAUCAUCAUCCCAGAUGAGUCUGACGAAGUGAUUGACCUUUGUGAUGAUGAUGACUCAUCCCAAAAAGCAGUUAAUACAGCAGCAGUGACUCAUCUGGACGAAGACAAUGUUAUAUUUGUGUCUUAUAUUCCACCCAAAUCUGACUCUGGAUCAGCACAAGAUUUGAUACUCCAAACACCAAAAGCACUUACGAAGGUAACAGACCAGAGAGGCAUGAGCAGCUCAAACAGCGCCCAGCGACAAAAGAGGCUGCAUGGUAAUGCUGGCGAUGAUGCUCUGAGAAGAGAAAGUGUCCAGAACCCAUUAGUCAGCGCAGUCCAAAAUCAUAUACAUGCUCGUGGUCCAGCAGUGAUAAACACGGAGGGUUCAAAAGUCAACAGUCAGCAGAGCACCUCCACCCAACAUGUGGGGAGCUUAGAGGUUGAUGUAGAAAGAAAGAGUCAAGCAUAUCCCAAAAUGUCUGAUGGCAGCAGUGGAACAUGCUCUCGAGUAGAGGAGGACACCUACGAAAUGGAGAACUCUGUGAGUCCUGCAGCAGGUUUGACGUCUUUGCCGGCAUCAGAAUCCCGUCCAAUGGCCGACCGUCUGCUGGGACAGUUAUUCGGGAUAACCGCUGAUGUGAGGAUUUGCCUGCAGAGGAUUGAUGAAGCCUCAACUGGGUCUGUCCCUGCAGAGCCUCUGCAGAGUGAGUCCAUAAGGCCAGUGGAGGAUCAUCAGGAAGCAAUGAGCAGGUCAAAAGAGGACAAACUUUUCUUACAGGACUUUUCCAGCCCUCAAAAACAUGACAGCAGCAACCGUCUCGUCAAACAAAUCAAAGUACUUACUGAACAGGAGCUACCAGCAGACCCUGCCACUCCAGGUCCUCACACACAUCUCCAGUGUUCACACCUCGAACAAACAAAAACUUUGAAGUGCAAUUCAGGUCAAAGGUCACUCAAGGAAACACCUUGCGAUGUUGAAACAAAGCCAUUGAUCAGCUACUUAGAACCCAUAGAUGAGGAUUUCCUCAGCACAGAUGAAAACAACUCCACAGACGCUCUUCCACAGACUUGUGUGAAUCUGAACACAAACACCAGGAGGAUGGGAAGAACAAGGAAGCGCACAUUUUGCCCGUGUUGCAUCACCGGUACUCAUGACCCUGCAACAAAGUCAGAAAAGCCGGAAAAGUUGACGACGAAGCAGACGAGUAAAAGAGGCGGAAGAACAAAGUCUGUGAGGAUAGAUAUGAGAACAUCUGGAAGGAAGAGCUGGUUAAAAACCAAGAACAAGCAGAGUUGUCAGACCUAUGAGGCUCUGGCCAGUGAACGUUUCUCCACCACAUCCAUGGACCCCGAGGACCACAAGGAACUCCAACGACUAGAACAGAUCAAAAGACUCAAAGAUCUUCUGAGAGAGAAAGAAGCCACUUUAGACUUGAUGAGAAACAGCAUGAGCUGAGAUCAGAGGUCAAAAAACAUUGCAAGCACCAAUAUCCUAACAUACAGCAUUAACACAAAUAUUUAUUUGUUGUUAUUGGGUUUUUUUUGUUAGAAUUAACGGACUAACAUGUAUUGUAUUGCUUCAGCAUUGUCAUGUGUGUCUGUUUUUCUAUUUUUAUAUCAUUAUCAGUAUAUGAUGUGUGCAUCUCACAGGGAGAGCAGGUUCAAUAUUUGUUCUACACUUAGACACCACGUGGCCAGUUUACUGUUACGUAAGGCUGUUGCUUAUGUUGUUAAAGGUUACACAGAAUAUGUUAAACGGAAGCAUCCUCCAUGCAGUCUACACCAACUCUGACCUCAGUGUCAGGCUCUUAAAGUGCUGCAACUAGGGCUGCAACUAAAGAUUAUUUUGGUUGUCGACCAAUUAGUCAUGAUCAUUUCUACUAAAACAAAAUAGCAACCUGCAUCAUUUAUUACCAUUUAAUACCAGUUAUUACUAUUACAAUUA